UUUAUCAUGGCGAGGAAGGCGAAGGAGAACAACUCCCCGCGAGGAGCUCGUCCCCUCCGGAGACAAUGAGACAUCUCCGUGGGAGAGACAACGCGGACCUGGGAAUGCAGCAAGGAUUUAAUCGGGGUGAAAAAAGCCGAGCGGUCCCUCCGUGGACGCGUUGUCUGAGGCUGUGGUGGAAGCAAACGGAGGUUUCAUGUGACGUGACAUAAGAACGCAGCAGUCAGGGAAGGGGGGGAGAAAAAAAAAAAAAGAGAUGUUAUUUAUUGUCGAGCCGCGGCUUCUGUUAAACCCCGGCACUUAAGAAAUAUCGCAUCAGGCUUUAUCUCCGCCGAGUUUAUUUUAUUUUAUUCUCCAGAAUGAAAGAGCCCAGAUAAAAUUAAAUAUACAAGAGAUACGAUUAAAUAUACAGUGGGUAUCAAGUGGCCAAACAAAACGCACAGUGGCUCCUCGCAAACUCUUGGCUGCAGGGAGAAGUCUCCCUGGCUUUUUUAAACCCGGGUGCUGCUGGAUUGAGCCUCACCCAUCAGAUUAUUUUCAGACCGAGAUAGUUUUGCCGGUUUUGAGGGUGUUUCUGCUCUGUCUUUAUGGUGGAAAAAGUUUAUGCUUUGAGGAAAGAAAAAAAAAGAGAAGGAAAGAGAUAAAAGAACCGUAAAAAAGGUCAGAGAGAAGGGGAAAAGGGAAGGUUUCGUUUUGUAAUUUUAGGCUUUGGAAUGGGGCUUUUUUUGGGCUUUUUUAGAGCUUGGGUUGAGGGAGGGAGGAAGGAUGAAAAAUCAAAGGGGGAGAAAGUUAAGAGCAAAUGGCCUGGUGACGUGUUUGUUUUCCAAAGGGGGGGAAAAAAUUAGCAACGGCAACUGGACUGGUUUUGGAAUCAACAUCUUGCCAAGGGUAGCUCCGGAUUCAGGAGGGCUGAGUACAAAGCCAUGCAGGCAGGGAAGGGGGUUGUUUUCUAAAUACAACCUGUGCUUCCAGAGGGGGAGAGGGAGAGAGAGAGAGACACUCAGGAGCAGGCCAAAGGCAGCACAUUCUUGAAUUGGUGCCCCUGCUUAAAUCUGCUGAGAAUAUUUGCUCUGAAUUCCAGAGACAUUGUGAGUUCCUGUGCAAACAGCAAAGGGAGCCAACUGUGCCAGGACAUGGUUACCUGGAGAAAACAUAUUGCUGUUUGCUGGUUUCAGCUUCAAAACAAACAGAGCAGGCAGAGGCCCUGCAACAAACCCACCAGACUUUUAAUUUCGGAAGGUGCAACGUUGUUGUGUGUGUGAAGGGCUGGUUUGAAUAGGUCAGGGCUGAGAAAGCAAGACUUUCAUUCCUUUCAUGCUUGUGGCCAGCAAUUCUCCCUUCUGGACCCCAAGAUUUGGGUUAUUUCUCGUGUUCUGUGGAUGUGUGCACGUGACACACACCCCCACGGAUGCACCCACGUGUUUAAUGGGGAGUGUGUGCAGAUCUAUUUAAUUGUGCAGCAUAUAGAGAAAUACAGGAGGAAAUAGAUGUGUGCAGAUGAAACCACGUGGGCUUUUGGAGCACGUUGAACAUCCUGGCAGGGGGGGAAAAACAACAAAAAAAAGGUGCAACCAACAGCCAACCAAACCAACCAGGAAAAAUGUUGUGUCCCCCCCCCCAAAAAAAAAAACCAGCUCAACUUUUGCACUGUAACGUUUGUUGGAGCCUCCUUAGGCUGCACACGGGACGAAAUCUGCUCCAAGCAUCUGUUCCUCCUGUUCUGCGGGACCCUAUUCAUGUCAUGGGCCUUUCAGGCCCCAAGAUGGAUUCCUAGGCCGGGGACUAUUAUUGUGUGUUUUCUCCUAACCUUUCAGGUCAGCUUCCAACAGACAGCUGGAAACGGCCUGUCACGUGGCCUCGGGGUGCCAAUGUUCUGCCAUAGGGGUGUCAGGACCCUGGUAGCCGGAAAAAUCGUUGUGGGGAGCCCCAGAGAUGCAGAAGACCACGUACUACGACGGCUCCACGCUCUUCGGGGGCGGCUACUCCUACGGGAGCGCCAACGGCUUCGGCUACGAGGGCGCCCAGCAGCCCUUCCCGGCGGCCUCUCACGUGGAGAGCGACUUCCAGAGGUCUGCCUGCUCCCUCCAGUCUCUUGGCAACACGACCAAGAGUAAAGAGCUGAACGGGAGCUGCAUGAGGCCCAGUUUGCCCCAGGAGCACCACCCGCCCCCGCCCGUGUCGCCGCCCCCCAACCCCGCCAGCAGCGCCGGCGGCAACAGCAAUAACCAGCCUGGCAAAAACGCCCCCGGCAAGGCCAACCUGGGUGCCAACGCCAGUCUCACCAAGCAGAUCUUCCCCUGGAUGAAGGAGUCGAGGCAAAACUCCAAGCAGAAAAACAGCUCCCCCAGCGCAGAAACCUGCGGCGGCGAGAAAAGCCCCCCGGGCUCCUCGGCCUCCAAGAGGGCCCGCACGGCCUACACCAGCGCCCAGCUGGUGGAGCUGGAGAAGGAAUUCCACUUCAACCGCUACCUGUGCCGGCCCCGGCGCGUGGAGAUGGCCAACCUGCUGAACCUCAGCGAGAGGCAGAUCAAGAUCUGGUUCCAGAACAGGAGGAUGAAGUACAAGAAAGACCAGAAGUCCAAAGGCGUGGGCUCCUCCUCGGGAGGGCCCUCCCCCACGGGCAGCCCGCCCCAGCCCAUGCAAUCCUCCGCCGGCUUCAUCAACGCCUUGCACCCCAUGGGCGGCAGCUACGACGCCCCCUCGCCGCCCUCCUUCAACAAACCCCACCAAAAUGCCUAUGCCAUGUCCAGUAACUACCAAAACCCCAUCAAAGGCUGCCCCUCCCAACAGAAAUACGCCAACACCGCCCCCGAGUACGACCCGCACGUCUUACCGGGCAACGGGGUGGCCUACGGGACUCCCAGCAUGCAGGGCAGCCCCGUCUACGUGGGGGGCAACUAUGUGGAUUCUAUGCCCGCCUCCGGCCCCUCCCUGUACGGCCUCAACCACCUGCCCCACCACCAGGCUGCCAGCAUGGACUACAACGGGCCCCCCCAGCUGCCCCCGGGCCAGCACCACGGCCCCUGCGAGGGCCACCCCACCUACACAGACCUUUCCAGCCACCACGCUUCUUCUCAGGGCAGAAUCCAAGAGGCGCCCAAGCUCACCCACCUGUGAUAGGGAGCCGGGGUGAAGCAGCUGGGAGCCCCCCGUGGGGCAGGGGAGAGGGGGAGAGGGCAGGCUCAGCUUCAGGAACAUUUGUGUUGAGCUGGUUUCCUUUCUUUCUUUCCCUGGCGGGGAUGUCUCCACCGGCUUGUCGUGCUCGCCGUUGUUGUUUCUGGGAUUUCUUGGGCGCCCUUUGGGUGUUGGCUGCCCAAAGCAGUUCUCUCUCUCUCUCUCUGAAGGGAUAGACCUCCUGUGUUUCAACACAAAUGCUUCUGAAACGGGCUUGGGGUGGUUUUGUGGGAAUGUGGCGGAUUCGGAGCAGCGACACCCCUGAGCUCCAACCCGAGCACAGAUCACCACCGACAGUCCUUGGACAACUGGAAAGGAGAAGAGUCAACCAGCCAAGUGUCUCUGCACCCACACAAACAUGCACACAAUUAGAAGAGAUUCACAGGGGAAUUACCCUCUGGCUCCUCCUCGAGAUCAACCUGUGCUUUCCUCUCCAGAGAGGAAGGGAGUCCUUUUUCCACCGAGUGACUUCCCACCGGCCCCCACAGGGACUGCAAAUAUCCACACCUGCCAACGCGUGGGAUCCACGCCCUUCCCCUCCAGGCCCCGCUCCCCCUCUCAAAAAUAACAAUAAUAACACUAAAAGCGAACAAACAAACAGAAAAAUCAGAAUAAAAGAGGUCUAAGAAUCACAAAGGGUUCGGGAAACAAGUUUUUGAGAUGCCUAAACCCCCUCCCAGCAGUGAGAGAGCAGCCCAAAGAGAGGAAGGAAGAGUUGACAGGUCUGAAUAUUUCCCCGCCUUUGCCUCUGAUGACGUGAAGUUUGUAGUUUUUUGGGGGGAGUUGGUAUUUUUUUCUUAGGGGUUCGUUGACAGAAAAGCAAUCUUAGGACUUAGAGGUCCUACGCUUCUUUCCUCCUCUUCUCUCUUUGACCUUACGUGAAAACAGGGUAUAUUUGAACACAUGGAAUGUCCUCCAAUCGAAGCAGAAGUGAAUGGCUCACUGGGAUUUGCUGAUGCUUUCUUGUCUGGACAUCUUUGUUGCACUUAGAGUUUACAUAUAAUGGGUAUUAAAACAACUUUGAAGGGCUCUCGUCCACCUCAGCCGAGGGGCCCUUCAAUAGGUGUGUGUUCUGGUGAACAUUCAUAUAUAUUUAUUGGUUAUAGCCAGUUUAAAAUAUUUUCCCUUUUUUUGUAUUAUUUAUCCCCGAUAUUACGUAUUUAUAUGAGGGAAAGAAAGAAAACAAAAAAAAAGAAUCAAAUUGUACUUUUUUUAGUAUUUACUUGUUACAAAGGACAUUGUGUUUUCCUUGUCAUUGUACAACGAGCUUAUUUUAGUUAUUGUAAUUUAGAGAGACCAGUAGUUUUAUGUUACCUUCGUACUUAUGAAUAAUGUAAUUAGUUCUACUGGAGGCAUGAGAGCAGAACCAGACUGUAAUUGUAUAGUCCUGAAUUAGAAGAACUAUAGCUAAUCCCUCCCUCCCACCUCACCCCUCCUCUUUGGAGAGCUUUCUUUGUUCUUACAGUAGUUAUUUUAUUUCCUCGCUUAAAGGGUUGUCUGUCGAACAAUUCUUGAAUAAACUUUCUGUUAUCAA